AUGCUCAUAGCCGUAGCUCUAUCUUUCUUUCAUUUCGUCUCCGUUCUCUGUAAUCUCUUCUCAAUUCAAUUCUCCGAGCUGCUCUAUUUUGUCUCCACCAUCACUCCUUCCUCCAUGCUUCUCCACUGUAACGUAGGCUAUUGCUCAACCUUUUCCCUCGUCGCCUCUUCUCUCCGCCGUCAGGACAAUCUCGACGAAUCACAAGAUACGCCAGUAAUCCGGCGCCGGCACAAUGCGAGAUCCCUUUCUCUAUUUAUCCGCCAUAACCAAGACCUCAAGCAUAGAAAAAACCUUAACGAAUCCGCAGAAGCCUUCGUUCCUCCGCCGCGAAAUGUAGACGGUGAAGAACGAUCGAAGCUUCUCGAGCUCUCUCUCGUCACCAGAAGAACACCACAGUUCCCUGGCUCAAUCUACGCCCAAUCUGCUUCCGAUGCUGAUGUCGCAUCAUCGCUUCCUUCGCUCCGUAAAUUUCUCGGCUCCGAUGGUGAUGACGACGGAGAAAGCGAGAGGGAAAUGAUAGCUAAGGCGCUAGAGAUCAGGCGGAAAGUGACGAAGGAGAUUAUCAAAGAGUCAUUGGUGAGGAAAGGUAGAUUUGGGAUCACGUACGCGACUAAUGUGACCGAUCGUGUGGGUGAGUUCGUUGAUCAUGUGAUGAUCGAAGCUGCGGCGUUAAAGCGGUUGCCGGAAUUUUCACAGUCAAGGUUCAAUCUUCGCGCCAGGACGGUUAUAGAGGACUCCAAUUUCGUGCCUCUUGUAAGGUGGUUGAAGCACCAUGAGUUUUCAUACAACAGAAUUGGGAAGAUCAUAUGCAUGUCGAGAGGGAAUCUUGACUCCAUAAGAGUCAUGAUCGAGUGGCUCAAGACCAUUCAUGUGAAGGGUGAGUUCAUUGGAGUUGCGUUCUUGAGAUCUAAGGGCAACAUUUUGCAACGCAGCCGUGAAGAGCUAGACGAGAUUGUUGAGUAUCUUGAGAGCAAUGGUGUGAGGAGGGAUUGGAUGGGAUAUGUGGUUGGCCGGUGUCCCGAGUUGCUUUCUUUCAGCAUGGAAGAAGUGAAAAGCCGUGUCGAUUUCUUCUUGAAAAUGGGUAUGAAUCAGAAUGACUUUGGCACUAUGGUCUUCGAUUAUCCAAAGAUUCUCGGAUACUUCUCAUUCCAAGAGAUGGAGAAAAAGAUCAGUUACCUGAAAGAGUUUGGGCUUAGCACAGAAGAUGUUGGGAGACUAUUAGCCUUCAAGCCACACCUCAUGGGAUGCAGUAUAGAAGAAAGAUGGAAGCCUCUCGUCAAAUAUUUCUACUACCUUGGAAUCUCCAAAGAAGGAAUGAAGAGAAUCCUUGUGGUGAAACCGAUUCUUUACUGCACUGAUUUGGAGAAGACGAUCGCACCAAAGGUAAGAUUUUUCCAGGACAUGGGAAUCCCUAAUGAGGCCAUUGGAAACAUGUUAGUAAAGUUUCCUUCUUUGCUAACGAACAGCCUCUACAAGAAAAUCCGACCAGUGGUGAUUUUUCUGUUAACCAGAGCCGGAGUAAGCCAGAAAGAUAUCGGCAAAGUGAUUGCACUGGAUCCAGCUCUCCUUGGAUGCAGCAUAGGGACGAAGCUAGAACCAAACAUGAGAUACUAUAUAUCUUUAGGAAUCCGAAUUCAUCAACUAGGCGAAAUGAUUGCUGAUUUCCCCAUGCUGCUUCGGUAUAACGUUGAUAAUCUGCGUCCGAAAUACCGCUACUUGCGAAGAACAAUGAUUCGUCCGCUCCAAGAUCUCAUUGAGUUUCCCAGAUUUUUUAGCUACUCAUUGGAGCGUAGGAUAAUCCCAAGGCACACCAUUAUGGUUGAGAACAGGGUUAACUUCAAGCUCAGACACAUGUUGGCUUGUACGGAUGAAGAGUUUGAGAGGAGGGUGAGAGAGAAAGUGGAGGGAAGAGAGAGGUUCGAAGCUGGUCUCUACUCUGAGGAUUCUCAGCCGUCGGAUGAGUCCAUCUCCGAUGAGGAGAUUGUCGUCUCUGACUCUCCGGAAGAAGAGGAAGAAUUAGCAUAA